AUGCCAGCCAUGGCCGACUCCGAUGAGGAUUACGUGGGAGAUGUGACCGAGGACGAAGAUGACUACCAAGUCUCCCGCAGUGACCGGACGCGAUCCGGAAAAAGGAAGCAGCGCGGCGGUGCGGAGUGGGAGCUCUCCAGGACUUGGGAGACUUUGGUCGAGGGCGCAGAUGGCACUAUCAGUUCGACCGUCGAUGGGCUAUUGGAGGCAGGAAAGCGAAAGAGGUUAUUGAAAGACACAACUCCUUUGCAGCGCGGCAUCAUACGACACCUCAUCUUGAUCUUGGAUCUCUCUCAGUCAAUGUCCGAGAAGGAUCUACGUCCAACGCGAUAUCUCUUGACUCUACGAUAUGCACAGGAGUUUGUGCGAGAAUUCUUUGAGCAGAACCCCAUCUCCCAGCUCGGCGUUCUGGGUCUUCGAGACGGCUUAGCAUUUCGAGUCAGCGACAUGAGCGGUAACCCAACAGAACACUUUACAGCCAUACAAUCGCUUAGGACCCAGGACCCUAAAGGUCUUCCAAGCUUACAGAAUGGUCUUGAGAUGGCCCGAGGUGCUCUCUUCCAUACACCAAGCCACGGCACCAGAGAGGUCCUGGUCAUUUUCGGCUCCCUGCUUUCGUCAGACCCUGGGGACAUCCACCAGACCAUCGAUACCUUGAUCAGCGACAAAGUGCGUGUCCGAAUCGUCGGUCUGGCUGCGCAGGUGGCUAUCUGCCGCGAACUCUGCAAGCGAACCAACGGAGGCGAUGAAACGGCUUAUGGCGUUGCCCUCAAUGAGCAGCAUUUUCGGGAGUUAAUGAUGGAUGUGACUACGCCCCCGGCCACCUAUUCAAAAAAACAAUCGGCAAGCUCAUUGCUGAAGAUGGGAUUCCCUUCUCGGACCGUGGAAGCGAACCCAUCGCUCUGCGCCUGUCAUUCCAAACCAUCUCGAGGCGGAUACCUGUGCUCACGCUGCGGCUGCAAAGUCUGCAGUCUGCCUGCUGAAUGCCCUUCUUGCGGAUUAACCCUCAUUCUUUCUACACAUCUAGCGCGUUCCUAUCACCACUUGUUCCCCCUGAUCAAUUGGGCUGAAGUUCCCUGGCGUCGAGCCUGUCAGGGCUCUGCAUGUUUCGCUUGCGGGCUCGCUUUCCCUGCGGUACCUCCUGAAGAUCAAUGGCUGGCAGUCGAGAACCAUACCAAGGGAAUGAGUGUGAGCAGUCGAUAUGAAUGCACGGCCUGUCUGAACCAUUUUUGCAUUGACUGCGACCUAUUCGUCCACGAGGUUGUCCACAAUUGCCCUGGAUGUCAAAGUAAAAGCACGCGAGCUCCCCAAAGUGAGCUGGUUAAAUCUGACGGGAUGGACACGACAGCAUGA